AUGUUUCUAGUCGAGGCGUUAGCCGAGACUAGAUUUUCAUUCAAGCACUGCAAAAGACAUUCACGUCCAAUUUCUGUCCCAGCAGUAUUGGGAAUCUGUCUCGCCUCCACACUCUUCCUGGUGACCAUUGGCUUGACGUAUGUAUGCUACCGGCGCCGAGAGGCGGCAGCUGCCAAGGGGGGCCUGAUCGGGGGCGGUGUGUCUGGGGGCGGCGCCCCUGUGGUCUUCUACCACUCAUCGCAGAAGCAGAAGCGGAGUCCCGUGGCGGGAACACCUGGGGGCGGAGGACAUUAUCUCAGGAAGAGUCCCAGUCCCAACACUACGCCCCAAGGAGGUUCAACAGCUGUCAGUCCGACUGAAAGUACCACAGCUGGCAAAAGUUGGAAAUCAGCUGGCAACACUCCAACAGCUGAAGAACAUCCCGGCUUGCCUGGGCCAACAGCUGAUUCAUCAGCUCAAACCAAGCUCCACAUUGAGAAUGAGGUAAAGGAGAAAAUCUACGGUGACGUCAUCUGGACCCUGGGGCAGCUCGUUUUCAAAAUCAGAUACAAGGAGGAGAAAAGCAAGCUGGUUGUGUCCGUUGUGAAGUGCAUGCAAUUGCCGGCUAAAGAUCCAAGUGUGGGCAGCAGUUAUCCCUACGUCAAACUUCAGCUGUUGCCGGAAAAACGCCACAAGGUGAAGACCAGGGUGCUUCGCAAGACCUGCAGUCCAGUCUACGACGAGGAUUUCACCUUCUACGGCAUCAAUCCUGCUCAAUUGCAGAACACUACGCUGCACUUCGUGGUGCUGAGUUUCGACUGCUAUUCUAGAGAUGACAUCAUUGGGGAGGUUUUCUGCUCAUUGGCUACCAUCGAUGUAGCCGACAAUCAGGAGCUGACUCUCUGUAGAGACAUACAAGCCCGCAGUCUCAAGAUACAAUCACAGGGUCGCGGGGAACUUUUGGUUUCCCUGUGCUGGCAGCCUGCUGCUAAUCGACUCACUGUUGUCGUCCUCAAGGCCAGGAAUCUACCCAAGAUGGACGUCACCGGACUGGCCGAUCCCUACGUGAAGAUGUACCUGUUGUGCAACGGUCAGCGAAUUGCCAAAAAGAAGACCCAUGUGAAGAAACGAACCCUGAACCCCGUGUUCAACGAGUCCUUCGUCUUCGAGAUCCCAUCCGGGGCGGAUGGCUUGGACCAGGUGCAUCUCGAGUUCAUGCUGCUCGACUGGGACAGGGUCACUAAGAACGAGGUGAUUGGCCGUCUGGAACUGGGCGGAGCCAAGAGCAGCGGGGCGGCGCUUCAUCAUUGGCAGGAGGUCUGCAACUCGCCCCGCCGACAAAUCGCCGAAUGGCACAAGCUGAGGGAGUAGGCAGGUGGGCAGGCAGUGGAGGAGAAGGUAGAGGAGGCUGAGGAGGAGGAGUAUGGAGAGAAGUGUAUGAGGUGGUUUAUGAUGUCGAAAUAGAGGUGGGGGCAUA